AUGUGCCAUCGACACUGCAUUGAGACUGUCGAUCGCCCCAUUUGCGACUUGAUGCAAACCGAUCGGCCCUUCGGAGGAAAGUUUCUCGUGCUCGCUGGGGACUUUAGACAAAUCCUUCCCGUCGUUCCGGGCGGGUCCAGGGGUCAAAUCGUGAGCGCGUGCGUCAAGGCUUCCUCGCUGUAUCCAGAGCAAUAUUCUGGGCGAACAGCGCCCAGAAUGGAUCUCACUACCACAAUCCGGAUUCGAGACAAUUACCCCGACCCUGUCUGGCUUACCAAGCGCGUUAUACUCACCACAAAAAACAGGCCGCUCGAAAAAGUCAACGAGGUCAUCGGCAACAUGAUUCCGGCACCGUAUCGAACGUACUUAAACGCAGACAAGGUCGAGAACGAAAAUACGAACGCGCUAAUAUAUCCCACGGAAAUGCUCAACACCUUGACGGCCGGGUCUGCUCUACCAGACCACAAGCUCAAGCUCAAGAAAGGCUUCAUCGACAUGCUUCUGCCCAAUCUCGAUCCAGCUAUCGGUCACGUCAACGGCGCGCGAUAUGGCAUCGAGAACAUGACCAACAAUCUUCUCUUUCUACGCGUUACCGCCGGGUCUCACGAAGGAAACAGGCUCUGCCUUCCUCGAAUUCCCUGCGGACCAGGCGACGACAACUUUCCCAUCUCUGGCUUUACACGAACCCAGUUCCCUAUUCGCACGUGCUUCGCCCUUACAACGGACAAAGCCCAAGGCCAAUCCUUCGGUGGCCGCAUUGGUCUCGACUUACGAGAUCACUGCUUCUCGCACGGUCAACUCUACGUCGCAUUAUCGAGGACUACUCACCCAAGCAACGUCACUAUCCUCACUCAAGAGUCUGAUGCAACAACGCGAAACUUAGUGUACCCCGAGGUCAUUCAGAAGUCAUCAAAAAAGUAAACGCCAUUUUCUUUACGUCUUUCUAUUGCCACCCUUCCCCACCAUUGCUCCUCCACGCCGACUUGGCUCGGCGCGCGAAGCGCGCACGGAGCCCACUUGUGUUUAAACUGAAAGUUUAACGGGCGUCCUUAAAAUUGCAGUGCGCACAGUACAUGCCCACGAAAGGUGUUGUUCCGGCGCGUUUUGAUUGGUUAGAAUGACAAAAUGCUAUUUUUUUGAAAGAUCCACGAGACUGUGGUCAGAUUCACCUGUUCACCAGAGCCUUCAGAAUCGCCCCUCACAUCUCUGAGUUGUAGCGACCAACGAACGCGUAAACCAUCUCUACAGCUGGCAAAGACACGCUCUUCGGACAACCAGUUGCUUGCAAAGGAAGUCUGAAAGGCGAUACGCGGCUACCUGAUUUGUGGCUUGUGUAGUCCUUGUCGCGAAGCAACUGUCAUUCAAUUGCGUUGCACAUCUCCUCCAACUCGGAAGACAUGUUUGGCAACACAUUUUCGCUCGCCGUUGGGAUCGGCAUUGGCAUUUACGUUGCUCAGAACUACAACGUGCCGGAUAUCAAGAAGCUUUUCGACAGGGGCAUUCGGAUGGCCACCAACUUGGAGAAGGCGACUCGAAAGGAAGAAGAAAAGUAAGCCGCGACCUCUCGCAGACAAUUGCUGCGAUUAGUAAUUUUCUGAGAUGAUCUGCGUGCUUCCUAAAUGGCUUUACUGUGCAGCGUUUUUCGACCGUCUUUCGAGCACUCCUUGCCUGCGUGCCGUCCGGGGAUAGGGAGUGAUCCUGCGUUGGACAGGAGGUUGAGUGGGAACGGCAGCGAGGAGCAGCAAGGAGGGAAGCAGAGUUGCAGCCUCUGCUAUCCUACUGCCGUAUCAGCCAAAAAGAAUCAGCUUGCGUCUCUCGAGCUGACAAAAGCGCCGCGAUUCCGUUUGGCCUUUGAGACGUUUUCUAAUGGUUUGCCACACAUCCAUGCUUAUGGUUUCGACUCUUUUGGAAAAGUCAUGGGCCUACUUGGAGGACUCCGGGCCAACUGCUCGUGAACGCCGUUGCUCUGUUGGACGCCGUCCCCGUUUUCAACAAGCAGGGCCAGGUUGUCCUGAUAGAUGACCUUGUCGUCGAUGGGCGUACCGGACUUGAAUAAAAUUUCCUGCACGUCCAUCCCCAUGAACUGGACGAGGUCCUC